UUGAAAUUUAAACACCAAAGUAAGAACUUGAAGAGCGACGAAGGAAAUUUUAAAAUAUUGCAAAAGCUGACACUUUUGAUUAAGAUAGAAAUCGAGUAAAAGCAAUUUCCACGUGAAGAAUUACGUUUCGGUCUGACUAUUGAAAAUGAAGAGGAGGAUUCGAAGAUCUGAGCAGGAAUACUCAAUAGACUGUUGUGCACUUUGUAAACUCAAUGAAAAUUGUCCGGACAAAUAUGGCGAGAAGAUCACACUUAAGUCACAUGAACUCACUGUGCACUACUUUUGCCUGCUGAUGUCAAGUGGAGUGUAUCAGCGUGGCGAGGAAAACGAAGGCAUCUAUGGCUUCUUGGUGGGUGAUAUUAAACAGGAGGUCAGCAGAUCCUACAGACUAAAGUGUGCAGUCUGCAAGAAGAACGGUGCCUCAGUUGGGUGCUACAUCAAAAGCUGCCGGAAAAUGGUCCAUUUUCCAUGUGGCAAACAACACCAAUUCAUCUUUCAAUUCACAGACCCAUUUCCCUCCUACUGCAAGGAUCACAGUCCCACCCAGUCGUUGCCAGUCUCGUCCUGUGUCAGUGAGCCCCUGUCUUGCUCAGUGUGUCUGGAUCCCAUAGAGGCCGUUCUCUCCUACUCCGUCCUCAAGUGUCCUGCCUGCCAUGGCAGCUGGUUUCACAGAGACUGUGUGCAGAACCAGGCUCACAGUGCUGCCAUGUUCUUCUUCAGAUGCACUCUGUGCAACAACAAGGACAUGUUCCAGCAGGAGAUGCUCCGGAUGGGAAUCCACAUACCAGAGAGAGAUGCAGCCUGGGAGCUGGAAGAAAAUGCCUAUGGAGAGUUACUGCAGGUGUACCAACACUGUGAUGCCAACAAAUGUCUCUCCCACAGUGGUCGGACAAACUCUACACGCACUGGAUGGUUUCAAAUAUUGCGUUGCAUGCUCUGUGGCUCAAGAGGUACACACCGAAAGUGUGCUUCCCUCAACGCUUUUGAGACUGACUGGGCUUGUGAGGACUGUGCAGCAGCUGUGGAUGCAACAGCUUCACUACCCAGACACACUGACUCUCCACAGCCCGCUGGGCAGAGAAGAAGCAGGUCUUCUAAAAGGAGUCUUAUCCUGACCCCUCGCCAAUCACCCAUAGUCUGUAAAAGGCCAUCGUUGUCUGGAUGCUCUGCUAAAGAGAUCCUACAGGAGCUUGCCAGUCAGAUAUCACAGCAGCACCCGCCCAUGCCAGUGGUGGUGAGUGGGAACAAGGUCCUGGAGGCUGCCAUGGAGCUAGUGAAGAGGAGCGACUUCAAGCCGUCCCAUGCCCUGGCGGUGAGAUUUACAAGCAGCAAGCACAUUCCCAGCUCUGGCAACACCCGACACUUCCUCAGCCUCCUGGUGCAGCAGCUGCAAAACACCAUCUUUGAAGGUCCUGAUGGUGCCAAGAACCUGACUCUCGACGCACAAGCUCUGAGGGAGGAUGUCUACUUUGACGUAGGAUGUCUGCUGUCCCUGAGUCUGAUCCACGGGGGACCUCCUCUGGGCUUCUUCUCCAGGGCUCUAUACCAGCACCUGUUCAACUUCCCUAGGGAUACUCCUCUCACUGUGGAGGACAUAGGCAACACUGGAUUCAUAGACAAAGUCAAGAAGAUUCAGGAAUCUAGAUCCUUGGAGGAAUUGAGAGAGGCAAUGCAGUCAGCUUCAGAAUACCUGGAAGUGGCUGGGUGCAUGAGACCAGUUGACAGCCUUUCUGACAAAGACACACUUGUUGAAGAUAUUGUGAGCUUCCACCUAAUCACAAGACUGCAGUUACCCUUCCAAAGGUUCUGUGAAGGUUUGAAAACCCUUGGUGUGUUUGACCAGGUCCAGAUGUUUCCGGGGGCCUUUGUUAGUCUGUUCUGUUCCUCUCCUGACAAGCUGACUGCUGAGACCAUGUCUGCCCUCUUCACUGUUAAGUUUUCAGAACAGGAAGAGACCACAGGGAAGGAGAGUGCUGUGGUCACCUUCUGGAGACACUACCUAGUGGAGUGUGAAGUUGGCAGAUGUGCAACAUCGCUAGAGGACGUGCUCAUCUAUGCCACAUCCGCUGAUGUGGUGCCAGCCAUAGGGUUCAGCCCCAACCCCACCUUAUCCUUCCUCAACCCACUGGACCCUGCCGGGGCCUUUCCCAAGAGCCAACCCAGCUCUAACCACCUGGUGCUGCCUGUGGUGCCAUCCUACCAAGUCUUUAAGAAGAAUAUGGAGUAUGCAGUGUGCCAGCUCACAGUGAUGCAGGCCAUAUGAUCACAGACCGUCUUGUUCUAUAUGAACACAUGUUUAACAGACUAUUACUGAACUUGAGGGACGUGUUUCAUUCGGAUUUUGGACUUCAAUUUAAAAGGGCUCAACCUCAUAGACUUUUAUAGAAGAUUUGGGUAGGGUAUUUCCAUCAUGACAGAUAUGCAUUUUCUAUUAUAGGCUUCAGCUGUUGAAUUUCAGGAACAAUUUUACACAACUUUAUGCUUCAUUUGGGAUUCUUAGAUUUAUUUUAUGUUGUACAUACUGAAGUGUGUAUCAAUGUUUUCUGUAAAGUUAAUUAUGCUACUGUUGAUGUUUUUGUGAUUGUUUUAGCUUCAUGUGUUGGCUUUGUAUUUUAUAUUUUUAGUAACUUUACUCAUGCCAAAUAAAAUGUUUGCAUGUUAUAUACUGAAGGGAAAAAUCUCAACCAUCACAGCAGUGCAUAUCAGAAUCCACUGAUAUGCACUUAUCAUUUUGCAGUCAUCUAUCCUAGUGAGGGGUUUGGAAACCUAUUUGUAUCAAGCAGACCAGUGACUUUUUUAUAUAUAUAUAUAUAUAUAUAUAUAUACAUACACAAAGAAUCCAAGAGUAAAGUGGGGCUACUCGUCAUUGAAAGUUGUGGUAGCAACACCCACAAGUUCAGUAGAUGGGGAUAUUUAGGAGACUUAAAAAAGUGGUAUCCAAUUGGUAGUUACAGUCUUGUCUUAUCGCAUACGGACUCAGGAGAGGCAAAGGUCGAGAGCCGUGCGUCCUCCAAAACGCACCCGACUGCAGUGUGCACUUCAGGGCCAGGCUCAAUGUGGGCAGUCAAACGUUUGACCCCACCCACUUUUUUUUUUCAUCUGAGGUUUGACAGUCACACACGUUGAAUACAAACGUAAGUCAUUUUUGAAGAUUGUAAGAAAUAUUAAAGUGGUACCAGCAGAUGUGUUAACUGUUUGUUUCAUGCUAUAUUUGAUACAAUCUACUCAUAGGGUUGCUGUGAAAAGACUUGUCAUGUACUGUUAAAAUUGUGUUGAUAAAUGUUAUAAAUGUAAUUAUAUUUCAUUGAGCAUA